AUGUUUAGUUGGCACGAUAAAGCGUGCAAGUCUCUCAGUAUUGGGUUCUCAGAAGAGUUAGGUCUACCAAUCUGUGCUGGCGACAAAUGCGUUGCUCCUCGCCGGGGUAGGACACGGGCUGCACCCGAAAUAGCACUACCGGUGCCCGCUCCGAAGACCACGUUCGAGCUUACAUGGCCAUCUUCACUGAACUUGGUGGACCGAGAAACCUCCAACUCCAGCCUGGUCAAAGAAGGGUCAGCCGAACCGAAACCUUCCUCACUCAACGACGCAGGUCGGAACGUUGUGUCGCAUCCUGGCCAACAUACGCCGAGCCAACAAAAGCCUACAAACGACUCACCUUUUCGAGAUGAGAAUUCAUACCAGCCUCUAGUCGCUCGCAAGACCAGGCUUCUUGAUUUAAUCGGAGGAAGCUACCAUGAUCCUAUCAGAAUUGAGCUUCACAUCGCAGACUUGGCUGUGAAGCCGGAAUACGAGGCCCUCUCCUAUACGUGGGCAGACGAGAAUGGGGACUCUUCAAAGUGCGAGAGAGCCUACAUUGGAGAGCGGUGGGACAUCCUACCCAUAACUAAGAAUUGUUCUAAUGCCCUUCGCCGACUUCGAUACCAAAAUCGACCGAGGAGAUUGUGGGUCGACGCCAUCUGCAUAAACCAGAAUGAUGUGGGCGAGAGGUCCCAUCAAGUUGGCAUUAUGCAAAACAUUUACGCAACUGCCUCUAGGGUUUUGAUCUACUUGGGGGAAGAUAAAGAUGACUUGGAUUCUACCAGCUCAUCUCCGUGGAAUUUCGAUAAAUGGAACACUUAUUACAAUAGAUCUUUGGCUGCGCACAAUGAUCUCACACAACGAUCAUACUUCAAGAGAGUAUGGGUGAUCCAAGAGAUAGCUGCGGCGCAAGAUUGUUGGGUUCUUUAUGGGACUAAAGGAGACCGAUGGCUUGAUUUCCGCAGCUCUACCAAAAAUGCUGGUGAUGGAUCGAAUCAGCUCCACCAGCAGCAAGAUUGGUUCCACUUGCUUUCUCGAGGAAGGCCCAUGGACCUACAAGAGCUUCCAAAGCUCUUACAAGCUACACUUCAAUGUCGGGCAACGGACCCCCGAGACAAGGUCUACGCUUUGCUAGGUCUCUUCCCAGGAGCAAACGAAGCCCAGUUGACUGCAGACUAUGCUCUCAGUUUGGACCAAGUGUUUAGCGGCUUGACUGCUUGGAUGCUCUGUCAAAGUUCAGCAUUCAUGCUGCCAAUAUUUGCAGCACUUGAGCCAUCAACCUCGUCUCUGCCUGCAUCGUGGGUUGUUGACUGGUCGUCGGUCAGCGCCUUGAACAAUAUGGGGCCACACCUACCCCAGGCGGAUUCAGGAACAUAUCUUAUCAGCGAACCUCAAGAUACUCCUCGCUUUGAUCGGAAUGGUACUAUGAAACUUCGAGGACGCUUCGUGUCUCAACUUUCAAGCUGUUUGUUCAACUUUGAAUCUCGAAAAGGUCCUUCCAGCGGCGUGAAAGGUCACUUGUACCGUAUUUCAGAUACCCGUUUGGCGGAGGUCGUACCAGACUGGGCCGAGUCGACCGACGAAGUUUUAGAAAUCAGAGGGCUGGAGGACCAUGCUCUCGUGCUUCGGCCCGUUAUGAAGGCACCCAAGGCAUAUCGCUUUGUAGCUGUUGCCAAACACCCCCAAAUUGCCCGAAUUUCUGAUUUGAUCAACCGUUUGGAUCGCAGGAUGAUUCUUCUUUUCUCUGCUUGGCAGUAUGUGCUCAGAGGCGCGAGCGGCGGAGCACUCUGGUUUGAGACAGUCACAUGGGACACAAUCAAAGCUGUAUGCUGGGAAUUGAAGCAUGCAAGCAACCUGGAAGCCGAUGAUAAGGGUUCAUCAAAACUUGAUCUUGGGAGUCGCCUCCGAGCCCGGAUCAGGAACUGUAUUAAGGAUCCGGAUCGGACACCAACCAGAUGGGAAACAAUCAGUGGGCUGCGAAACACAGUGCAUUUGGAGCAAAAUUUUCAUGAUCUAUUUAGAGUCAUGACGAUUUUGGGUUGGGAAUAUGGGGCUGUUCCGAAAAGAGACCAGUCAGGUGGCUAUCAGCGCAGUGUUCCAUGGGAUGAGGCAUAUCUCCGCGAACCUCAUAUACGCCACUUCCUGGAGGAAUUCCAAAAAAGGUGUAGACACUCCGACGACCACGGAAAAUUCAAAUCCUCCUACAAGUUCGACAGAUUUCUUCGGGAGAGUAGAUAUCAGCCUUUUGUCAAAGUGCUUCUGAGUCAGGGACUGGAUCAAAAGAUCAUCACAUUCGAGAAUAUGUCACGGAUGGACGGUGGCGUCCUUCUUCGCAAGGGAACGCUCCCAGGACAGACCGUGCCAUGGGCGCACGAUUCUUUGAAUUUGAUAGUCGGGAAGCUCCCUGAGGUCGAGGAGCCUCUUGAGGAUAUUUGGUUCUACGGGGAAUCGAACGACUCUCAUCUCAACACUUGGGCGGCCGAUUUCAUUAAUUCAUGGACCCUUCUGGCAAAUGAGAAAUCUCCCAGACCCGAUCCCCCUUCCUCUGAAAUAGAUGAAGAAGGACAUGGCGGCGAGGAAGGAUUCUGGGCCACAGGAAAGUCAACCAGGACGGAAUUGACUGGCAGUUUUACAACCCCUGAGGUGGAGCCGGCGUCACCGGAUCUUGUGAGCGAGGUAAAAUGGGAGCCGCUGAUGGAUCUUGUGAGAGAGACAGAGGCGCGGCUUCUUCCUCUGGAGAAAGCAUUCACCCUUACUGAUACGUACGACGAAGAUAUGAAGGAUGUCCCUUGGGAGGAUAUCCGUAUAAUUUAG